AUGGCUGUGGUCGCAAACGGAGCGCCGACGGACGAUGAGUAUGACUUGCGCGCAGCUUGGGAGAAGGCUUGUCGGUCCUUCGCGGCGACAACCAAAGUCGACCUUCUUGAGGGGAAACCGCAGACUCCUGAAGAGGUAAUUGCACAGCUCAAGCUGAAACGUCAAGAAGACGAAGAGAAAAAGGCUCAAUUCAAAGUUCUGAAGGAUGUCCUAGGGAAGUCUCUCGUAUUCAUUCAAAACCUAGGUGGUAUCGCCGCCCAAGGCGCCGGAAUGGUCUUUGGUCCCAGCGAGCUGUGCUUCAAUGCUGUCUCGUAUCUCAUUUCCGCCGGACAGAACUACCGGAACAUUUUUGCAAGCCUGACUCAGCUUUUCAGGCAAGUUUCCGACGUUCUUGAGAGGUUCGUCGUCUACCUGAAGAUGAAAGAGAUUGACAAGCCUAUGCGGAAGAUCAUCCAUCAAAUCUUGCUGUCGUUUGUGUCUAUCUGCGAACUAUCAGUGCAUGUCCUCCAGGGCAAUAAAGUGCUGAAAUUCCUUAGAGUCUUUGCUUUCAACGAAGACGAUGGAGUGAACGGCGCAAUCGCCAAUUUGAGAGCCCUUGUUGAACGAGAGUCUCAGAUGAAAACGACACUUACGUAUCAACUCGUCAAGGAAGGCUUCGGCGAAACAAAAGAUGCUGUUUCUGGUGUCAAGGUCACUUUGGACAAAAUAUCCGAAGAAACCAGGAAGCGAGAAGCUGACAGCAUAGAUCGUAAACUGUUCGAAAAAAUCAAGACCAAGCUGGAUGUUCAAAAAGAUGCCGACGAGCAAAUCAAAAUUCACCGCCAAUUGCUGUCCCAGAUUGUCCCAGGUACUGGAAAGUGGACCCAAGAGAACAUAAAUCUUAUAGAGUGGACCGAUCGAUCCUCUCCCUACGACAAAGUUCUCCUCAUCUCAGCAAACGAAGGGUAUGGCAAGUCAUUCCUGAUCACAUCCAUCGUUCAUGAUCUGGAGAAACGCUACGCGCAACAAACUGCAGAUACGUCCCGAACAACCAUUGCCUAUUUUUAUGUGGAACAGCAGCAAGACACAAAGGACACGUCACUCAGCAUGCAGGGAACUCAUUCAAUUACGAAAGUACUCAAAACUACGGCUCUUCAACUAGCUCAGGAGCCGGUCUAUCGAAAAGAUCUCGCUUCCGCUUGUGAAAAUUGGAUCGAGCCCGACAACCCCGAAGAGCUUUUUGUGCGGCUAUUCACACCAUGUCUUCGGAGUCGAGAGACAUUUUAUUUUGUUCUUGACGGUGUCGACCAAAUGGGAGACAGAAGCGUCAAGGCGCUGUUUCAACUCUUGAAAGCAAUGCAGACGCAGAACACGCCUGAUCAAAUAACUCGUCUGCGGAUAUUACUCUCCGGCCGCACACAGAUUCUCAAAGACUUCACCGAGGCUGUGGAUCUGAGGACGGAGACGAUCGAUCUAGCGUCCAACAAUCGUCCGGAUCUCGAAGACUUCAUCACCGAUCGACUAGAGCGCAUGGAUAUAUUGCAGGGGUCCUCUGCGCAGGUUCAAAACCUCCGACAAGAAAUUUUCGCAAACUUGUCUGAGGGGGCAAACGGGGAUUUUAUUAACGUGGAUCUCCUGUUGAAAGAGAUAGGAACAAAACGCUGGCCUGCAGAGAUUCGUGAAGUCCUUGCCAAUAAGACCCAGAGAUCUGACACCAUUGCCCGAGAGAUCAAACGUUGCAAUCAAACGCUCCAUCCUCGAGAUAUUCGUGAUCUCAAUACCCUCCUCACGUGGGUGAUGUCUUCGAAAAGGACACUGACUGUUGGAGAGCUUGAGGCUGUACUCUUUCUCAAAAACAGAGAAACUCCCUUGAGACCCCUCUACGAUCAGAUCCGAUCUCAGUACUCAGCCUUUUUCAAUGUGGACAGGGCCAAUCAGCUUGAGCACAAGAAUGCCUUGGUAACAAUGGUGUCAGAUUCCAUUUCUGAGUAUUUUCGUAACCUUGGCCACUCCGAGCAACAGGAAGCGAGCUCUUACAAGGGCAAGAUUCACCCAUCUGAAGUCAAAAUCAUUCGGCAUUUCCUCGAGAAAGUUUGUGAAGAAGACUUGUACGACAAAUUUGGCUUCGAAGAAUUCUUCCAGCAUAAGAUGUCGUCGAAUGCGUCAUUCGUUCAUGUUGACCUUGACAAUGCACACCUGAAUGUUCUUCUCGGUUGCUUUCAGGCUAUUGCACGAUCUUCGGAAGCGGAUGUACUGUGUCUCCAUGACUAUGCAUGCACCUUCUUUGUGAAUCAUUUGCAGGAAAUUGAAUUAGCAACGAGCAGUCCCGGUGACAAAGCCCAAGUCGGUCAAUACCUCGUCGACAUGUUUGCCGCAAAAGAGACAAUUGCUAAAUGGUGGACUCCUAUGAAACAAUCCUCACUUGGCCCUGGAUGGUUUUAUGUCCAAGACAAAGUCGACAUAGUUCUGGGCUGGCUGAAGGAUUCUGCUGUUGUUAAGAAGUGUUCCAAUGCAGAUCAAGACUGGGUGAAUACCCUGACGUCGAAUUCUUUUCCCGAAGCCGAUCUACUGGAACACAUCUGUACAUAUCUGUCAGAAUGCCUCUUUCGCAGCCCCGUGGUUUUGGGAGGUGACCCGCCGACUCUGGUGCGCAUUCUACAUGCAUUUCUAAACAAGCUCCGUCGGCGUAAGAACCCAUCCAAGCCUAUAAUGAAGAUCAACAUGGCCACGAAACCCAUCACUGCCAAACAAAUUAACAAUAUUUCCCAGUGGGCUGCGGAGCGACUCCACGUCGUAAAGCUUGAUUAUGAGUGGAUUCGAUGCAUUGCUAGAGCUUAUCGACAGUUCGGCCAUUAUGAAGAGGCCAUCGAGACCUUUCAGACAGCAGCCGGCCUGAAAGAGGAUCACUGGUUCUCAGACUUUGGACUUGCCAAUACAUACCAGGAACUGAACGACUGGGAUCGAGCAAUCCCGCUAUACGAAGAUAUUCGUCGGCGGAUUGAGGAGGGGGAGGCAAAAGAACCCUCUCCAGAGCAGUACACCACUAAAUUACGCCUGUCAUUGGCAUAUGCCUAUGCCCAGUCAAGCCGGUACGAUAAAGCGAUUUCCCUAUACGAGCAGCAAUUAGCAAGUGCGCCCGAUGACUACGAUACCGUCUUCCAGAAGAUCAUGGCGCUGGGGAGGCAAGAACACCAUCUACAGGUCAUUGAAUUCUUGCAACAGUUACAAACAGAGAAAGAUCCGGCGCAAGGCAUCAGUCGUUUGAGUUUGACUUUCCACGAAAAUGUGUUUGAGCGUGACUUCCAUAGUGCCAUCAUCGUUGCCGGAAAACGGACUGAUAGCCUUUCUUUCAUCAAAUCUGCAUAUCAGGCUGCAAUAGAAGAAGCCAUGGACCCAGGAUAUUUGAGCGACGAAGAGUCUGCCAAGGCGCAGUAUCGUGUCAUGCUGACUUGUCAACUCGCCGAGAUGCUUUACAAGAACCCGCAUGAUUCGGAGGACCGCGAAGAGGCCAUCAAUUUGUGGGAAAACUGUAUAGCCGAUGCGGUCGACAUUGAUUUCUCCUUGCCGCGAUACGCUGCCGGCAAAUCUCUCUCGCCGGUAUACUACGAAAAGCUGUGUGAAGGAUCUCCAGGCUCGGAAGAGACGACCCAAACCAUCAAUAAGCUCUUGCAGCUCUCCGUGGCCAGCAAUGACUUUUCGGAGUCGGAUGCAUAUGCGAGCACUCUCGACACAAGGCUUAUCGUCGGGCGUUACUAUACCAAGGUUGGUAUGGAUAAGGAAGCUAAAGAUUGUCUCCGAUCUCAUGUCAAAGUCGGAGUCGACCUACUUUCUGAUGAGGACCCAAGCAACGACUGGCAAGGAUAUUUGCGACUUGGAAUGGCGCUCAUGUAUUACGGCGACGAUGACAAUUCUCUCGCUGCGUGGUCACUGAUUGGACCAAACGAUUUUAAUGUGCAGGAGGAGAUCGAUGGGGUCGAUGACACCAACGAAACUACUAUUGCAGAGCCGCCGGCCGCUGACCAAGAAGAAGAAGGAAGUCAUCAGAAUUGUACGGCAAAUGGUACAUCGACCCUUGAAGAUUCGGACAAGCAGGACAGCCCGACUCCUCUAACUCGAUCAAGCACUGUCCGAAAUAGUGAGGGGCCGUUGGACUACGGUUGCGACGGUGGGUCAUGCGAUCAUGGAUGGACGUAUGGAAACAAUAUCUGGAUCUGCAGAUGCUGUCUAGACGUUAUGUUCGCUACUCCAUGUUAUGAACUUCUUCGCAGGGAUGCGCUUGAAGUGAAGAGAUGCAGCCCUACUCACGAGUUUCUACAUGUUCCCGCUUGGGAUCAACGGGAGGCAGAUGAGAGAGGCCCGACCCAAGUGCGUCGUGGUGGGAAAACUGUACCUGUGUCGGAGUGGAUCAAAGAGAUUCGACGACACUGGCAGUUGGAGAAUAAUUAA